UCAUGAAUCACCCCUACCAGAUUGCGGCUCUGUGCAAUUCUCAGGACUUUGCGCCUGAGGGUCUUCUAUUGGCUGCCUGUGGUGCUAAAAUCAUUUCUGUAAAACUUUCAGAUGGCUCAAUCAUCUCUCAAUGGCCGGAACAAAAGGACAUCAGCUCUGUGACCACUUCAGAUGGUCCUCCAGGCAAGAAACGCAAACUUGAGCCAGAGGCAGCAACUGCUCCAAAUGUCAUCAAAUUGGCACUCUCUGCCGAUAGCAAACAUGUCGUUGCUGUGACGGAUGACAAGUCUGUCAGAGUCCUCGAGGUGACCGAGACUGUAACUCCAGACAACAAAACUAUCUUGUGUGGCGACAAGUUCGGAGAUGUGUAUUCCCUGCCUCUGUUCCCAUCUCCCAGCGUUGACCAAGUCGAAGAGAGUUCCAAAGCAGAGACUCAGGAGGAAGCCGGUCCUAAGAAAUACGUCCCUGCAGCUACUACUUUGACUGUGCAUUCUGGCCGCAACCGAAGGGCACUGGAGAACCAAAUGAAGCAGAAGGAUCUGCAAGCCAAAGCCAAAGAGGGUCCCAAAUUCGAGUGCCAACUCCUCCUUGGACAUGUUUCAAUGUUGACAGAUGUUCAAUUUGCGACUGAGGAGGUCGAUGGCAAAAGCCGUGGCUACAUCAUCACAGCCGACAGAGACGAACACAUCCGAAUCUCUCGUGGUGCUCCCCAAGCACACAUUAUUGAGCGCUUCUGUCUCGGGCACAAGGACUUUAUCAGCAAGAUCUGCUUGCUGCCAGGUACCGAUCUUCUGAUCAGUGGUGGUGGAGACGAUUGGUUGGGUGUGUGGGAUUGGCGAGCUGGCAACCUCAAGGAAAAGCGCGACAUGAGAUCUGCACUCACUGCUCUCUUCUCUUCUCAACACUCAAACACUUCUUUUGGACCUGAAAGCUCAAUCGCGGUGUCUGGACUCUGGGCUGUGCCUUCUGAUACAGACAACAAGGAAUCUACAACCCUAAUCGCUUGUGAGAAGCUGCCAUGUCUUUUGAUAUCAUCAGCCUCUCGCAUGGUUGGUAUGCCUCUACCGGGAGUGCCCUUGGACGUCGUUGUGACCGGAAACACUGUCGUUGUCUCUUUGGAUGUUACAGAGGCAUCGACCCCACGUCUGCAAGCUUACAGGAUGUGCAACACCGAAUCGGAGAUGAACUUAGAGCUCGAUCAGGGCUUCGGUGCGAAGUUGACUGCUGCUAACGAUCUUGUGCUUCCUGCACCAGAGCGGAAGCAGCUUGAUAAUUUGCUGUAUGGAAUCGAGAACUUGAGANAAAGAGGCUCUCCGGAAGAAGCACAAGCAACUGAUGGUGCCACCGAUGAAAUAUUAGAAGAUACCCCCAUGGAGGAG